AGCAACUCAAAGGCGGUCUAGACAAGCAGAAGGGGCAAGCCUGCACUCAGGCGGCUGCGAGAGUCCAGCUGGCAUCUGAGUGUGUCUGCUUGCAGAUCAGAGGGGCAGGGAGCCGGGGGAGGCGGGACCAUGUGGCUGCCCCCAGCUCUUCUCCUUCUCAGCCUCCCAGAAUUCUGUUUUCCAGGCUGUUUCUCCAUCAAAGGCCCAAGGUCCGUGAGAGGUGUAGAGCAGGGGUCGGUGGCCGUGCAGUGUAACUAUGACUCCAGAUGGAAGACCUACCGGAAGUGGUGGUGCCGAGGAGCAAGCUGGGAUUACUGCAAGGUCCUCAUUCAAACCGCAGGAACUGAGGAGGAAGUGCAGAGAAACCGUGUGUCCAUCAGGGACAAUCAGACAACGUACCUGCUCACAGUGACCAUGAAGGACGUCAGGCAGGAUGACACAGACACUUACUGGUGUGGGAUUCAAAAGACUGGGAUUGACCUAGGGGCGAGGAUCAGAGUCACCAUUGACCCUGAAGGAAUGGCUCUGACCGCACCAGAAGCCGCCAGCAAUGGUACAGAGGAGUUCUCGGGCUCCUACGCCAGGACCCACUACGUGCUCCUGGUAUUCGUGAAGGUGCCCUUCUUGCUCAUCCUGGUUGGUGCCAUCCUCUGGUUGAAGAAGCCUCAGUGGCCCCCAAGCAACUUCUCCCCUGACCUUCUGUCCAAAGACACAGCCCCAUAGAUGGGUGAGCAGAACCUUCUGACUCCGGACCCCCUUUCUGGAGGAGAUACAGGCUGUGGAAGAAAUGCCUCUGAGGCCUUGGGAUAGAGUGGUUGAGGCUGGGGGCCUGGGGUGGCCAGGGGGCCUGGUGUCCCCUCCUGAGGCACCAUCACAGCGUGGAGAACCAGCACCGGGCCCCCAUGUCAGGUAGCACCUCACACCCCACCCCACCUAUCUGGGACUCGUGGCUGGCGGACUGUUGGGGUGGAGCCCAAGUUUGGACGGAUGCAUCCGCCACUGCCCAAGGGACUCAGGCACGGCUGAGGAGGCACAGGGAGCAGCCUGGGGGCUGCAGGAGAAGCUGGUCAAGCUGGCUCUUGCCCAUGGAACCCUGACUGAUGCCCCAUGCCCCCCACCCCCUCAAGGGCGGUGAAUCUGUGGCAAGUUCCUGGUUCUGGGACAUGAGAGGCUGCGCGUCCCCUCUGCCCCGGGGGGGGGGGUGACACCAUGAGUGCACAGGCUGAGGGGGGACCAGGAGCCCCUCAGGGGGAGACUUCAUCCUCCUCCCCUGUCCUGGCACCCCCAGCUCAGGGACUGGGGCUUCCUGGGGCAGCGGCCUGGGAGUCUGGUCUCCUAAGGGGCUGCUUGGCCUCAGAAAUCACCUCAAGGCCGGGGAGGCUGGUGUAAAAACUGAGAGAAACGAUGUUGUCUCUCUUAAAUAAUGUUGUUUAAAUAAAGUUAAUUAAA